AUAAAUCCACCAUUUCAUUCCUUUUCUUCCCGCUUCCUCUCAAUUCUCAAAAAACACAACACAAUCUCUCUGUCUCUCUCUGUUGCUAGUUUUCUCAUUCAUGGCUUCUAACUCAACCCUUCACUCACCAACCUACGGAUCCGACCCAACAACCCCGAACACCACCUUCGUCCAAGCCGACCCAUCAAACUUCCGUGCGGUGGUCCAGAAGCUAACCGGAGCAUCAGAGGACCACGAGAAACUCCCCCUCACUCUCCCAGCCCGUCUGGCAGCCCAAACCCACCGCCCAUCCUCCGCCACCACCGCCGUGGACACAAUGGGCCCGAAGAAGCCCAACUUCAAGCUCCACGAGCGCCGUAAUGCCGCGGCCUCGAAGAAGCUGCAGGAGCUGACCAUCGGCGUCAUGGAGAGGCCCGUGAUGCUCACCGCCGCGAGCAUGACGAGCGUGUCGCCGUCUUCCGGUUCGUACGUCCGGAGCAUGAUGAUGGCUUCGCCGGUGUCGCAGCUGGAGUGGAUGGCUCGUGGGAGUCCACGAACGCCGCAUGAGGAGGAGGAGGAGCGGGCUAUUGCCGGGAAAGGGUUCUACUUGCACCCAAGUCCUCUGUCCACUCCUAGAGCUUCUAACCCUCCUGAGCUAUUGCCCCUUUUUCCUCUGCAUUCUCCUUCUUCCACCAAAAUUAAUUCUCCUAAUUCUUGCUCUUAAAUUAACCAACUCAACUCAUGUGUUAUUAUUAUCAUUAAUAUUAUUUGGUGAGAUUUGAUUUUUUUUUUUUAUUAAUUACUACUUUUUUUGUU